AUGCUACGUCGGAAGUAUGGAGAUGAAUCGCGUCUCAUUGCCAAGUUCCAACAACGUCUGGAAGAAACAAAUGCAGUUAACACAGGUACGGCAGCUCAGCGACGCUUGUUAGAAGCACUGAUCUCCCUACCAGAAGCACAUGAAGUCUAUCUAGAUGGAUCUUCGCCGCACAAAAGCUUCUACCAAAAUUCAAUGCCUCAGUUCAGCGCAAGGUCUUACAGCACCACAUCACUCCAGGAAUGCAAGAAGAAAGCUAGCACAUGA